AUGGAGGCGAUCUUUGAAAAGAAUCCAUACCCAGACCUAGACAUCCGAGAGAUUCUUUCACAAGAGUUCGGUGUCCCCGAGUCGAACAUACAGGUGUGGUUCCAGAAUCGUCGUACUCGCCGGGGACGUACCAAGUCGCGACGUGGACCCUAUACCACCAAGCAGACGAUCAGUAAACAUCCAUACACCCAUGUCAUCCAGCCUCUCUCCUUCCCCAACACCCUACCCUGGUUCCACGCUCCGUCCGCCAUGCUGCCGAGUCUGAUACCCCGGUGUUCCCCAUCAGCUGACUACUGGAUCCCGUCCCGCACCAGUGACCACCACCCGAACGGACAGCAACAAGACAAACUGAGAGAACUGUUGAUAGGAGAGUUAAGGACAUACGAGAGCACAGCAUCUGAUGACGAUCCCCACCAAACAUCAGAUAUUUGUUGA